CAACGUUCCGCCGGGCGGGACGGCUUCCGGCUGACACGGGAAGCAGCGGCAGGACGGCCGGGUCCCGGCGGCGCUCCCGGUGGACCCCAAGAGGCGUGCUCGGCGCUGUCGACCGGCACCAUGGUCCGUAAGAAGCUGCACCGGCCCAUCGCCGCCAUGGCCAAGAAGAUCCGUGAGUACUGGGCGCUGAAGAACCGCCCGCGGGACUCGCAGCGUUUCGAUCUGGACUACGAGUCCAUGCGGCGGACGCUGACACAGAAGCGGCUGCCGGUGCGGGCCUGGGAGGAUGUGCGGAACGAGAACCGGCUCUUCUCACUGCUCUGCCGCCUGCCGCGCUUCGGCGUGGGGCGCACUGUCACCCGCAAGUCCUGGCUCUGGGCGUACGACGAGCCCUGCUACUGGGUCAUCACCAAGGUGAAAGUGGACUACACGGCCGAGAACAUGGAUCAUGGAAGAGCUUGGGGAUACCUGACCUUCAGAGGCAAAACCGAAGAAGAAGCGAGAGAGAUCGACAAAGUCAUGUACCAUGACUGGCGGAUGGUGCCCAAGCAUGAGGAGGAGGCCUUCAAAAAAUUCACCCCAGUGCCAGAGGAGACCAUUCGGUACCUUCCAUACCCACCUCUGCUCCGAGCCAUGAUCCUUGCACAGUGGCAGAAGGAGGGAAAGCCAAUCACAGAGGAGCCAAUGAUUGAUCUAGAGAAGAUCAUGGGUGCAAAGAGAAGAACUGCAGAGACACCAGUAUAAAUACUUGCCCUGAGCUUCCCACGUGCUCUGUGUCCACUUUGGUAUGGUGUAUCCAGGUUUCCUAGCUUUCUCCCCAGCCCUGAACAGUCACCUCCUCUGGAAAGAAAGAUGCAGGUAUAUUCAAGGCUUUUUUUACAGCUUUGGUCUCAGCCAGCAGAGGAACCUUCUGGUUUCCCAGCACAGUCUCUGAACACGCAGCUCCAGUCAUCCAGCUGCAGUUCUUUGGAGCACAGUUUCCUUUACAGCCUCAAAACAAUGUUUUUAAGAACACUUUUCAGCUAAUCACAGAAAAUUGGCUGAGAACACCACAUCAUUUCAGAGAGCUGUGUAUAGCUGUUAUCCAGUGAAAAUAAACCUUUUGUUAUUUCUGCA